AUGUCGCCACCGAGUACGAUUGAGUUCGUCGCCGAACUGAACAUCGGCCCAAUCGCGGGGGCUGGCUGUAGGCUGCUGAGGACCUGCCGUGGAAUAUAUCGCGAAGGCAAGCCUAUCCUGUACAGCCCAGCGGUCCUGUUCUGGAACCCUACUCUAUUCGGCAUCACUCCAAGCCCCUUCCUGCCGCGACUCUCCGAGUUCGGCCGUUUCCGCGGUUUAGGCAUGCUCCAAUUGUACGUUGACUUCAACGCUCUGUGCGUUCGGAAAGCAAUUCCACUCUGCGCAACUCUAUUCAAGCACCUUCCCUGCCAAGGUCUGGUGGGCAUACUUGUUAUUCUGCUCCGUGUGGAGCGCAACAAUUUCACGUCAUCCCAAGAACAGCGUGCGAAAACCUCACUGGAGAGCGUUGCACAGUUCCUCCGCAUGUGGCGCAGCGCUACCCAGGCUCGGACAUAUGCCGUGACCUUCAGUAUCGAGGGGUGUGUGGAGGCGACGUAUAUCGAGAGCCAGGAUGGCGGAUGGGCGGAGGGAACAGUCCUCUUGCCAGGUAUGGCGGAAGGCGAGGACCUAAUUGAAUACCCAGCCGAGCAGAAAUAUGAUAUCGUGAAUGAAGUGAAGAGAGCGCUAUCGGUUCCGGCGCACACGAGCACACUCUGA